AUGUCGUCCCCAGGCCCCACCAAAGGGGAUUCUGAGGCCACGACUGACAGUUUUGUGAAUAUCUCUGAGUACGAAGACAGCAAAGAUCAACAUCAAGAGGCCUCGUAUGAGGACAGCAAGAAGUCCAACAGCCUGGAGACCAUAGAGCAGCAUCAGGGGCCCCCAGGGCAGGAGAGGGAAAAACAAUCAAAUGAGGCCGAGGGCCAGGAGAGUAGCGAACAGCCUCAGGGGGGUGAGACCCAGGAGACCACCAGCCGCGAGGGCAUCCAGCAAACACAAGUGUCCAUGGAGGAAGAGAAAUCGGAGCAACCAGUGAAGCCUCAACACGCCAUGGAAUGCAAGGAGCAGCCUCAGGAGUCCGCGAGCCCGGCGGCUGAGGAACCGCCUCAGGAGUCCGCGAGCCCGGCGGCUGAGGAACCGCCUCAGGAGUCCGCGAGCCUGGCGGCUGAGGAACCGCCUCAGGAGUCCGCGAGCCCGGCGGCUGAGGAACCGCCUCAGGAGUCCGGGAGCCCGGCGGCUGCGGAACUGCCUCAGGAGUCCGGGAGCCCGGCGGCUGCGGAACUGCCUCAGGAGUCCGGGAGCCCGGCGGCUGCGGAACCGCCUCAGGAGUCCGGGAGCCCGGCGGCUGCGGAACCGCCUCAGGAGUCCGGGAGCCCGGCGGCUGCGGAACCGCCUCAGGAGUCCGGGAGCCCGGCGGCUGCGGAACCGCCUCAGGAGUCCGGGAGCCCGGCGGCUGCGGAACCACCUCAGGAGGAGACCCCGGAGGCUGCCGUGCCACAGUGUGCAGAGGAGGGCGAGGGCCAACAGGAGAGUGCAGAGCAGUUGCUGGUUACCCCAGUGGGGGAGUGGAUACGAGACCCAUCCUGUCUGUCCCACUCACGUUUCCAGCCCGUUUCAGGUUGGUCCUCCAUCUUGGCGCCUGCUGACCGGCUGUGGACUGUUCACAGAGACGGGGCUGUCCGGCUGAGACUCGACGGGCCGGAUCCGGCGUCCUUCUCUCCUCUCACCGUACCCCAGCUGUUUGCCCGCUCUGUGAGGGGCCGCGGGCAGCAGGUGGCACUGUGCGUGAAGAGGGCAGAUGAGUGGAAGAAGAUCACUUAUCUCCAGUAUGAACAACAGACCCUGAUGGUGGCCAAAGCACUCCUGCGGCUGGGGUUGCAGCGUUUCCACGGCGUUCUGAUUCUGGGGUCUAACGCUCCCGAAUGGUUCAUGGCAGAAAUUGGCUCCAUUCUGGCGGGGGGUCUGGCUGUUGGCGUCGACCCGUCCUGCACUGCAGCUUUCUGCCAGAAGGUGGCGCAGAGCUGCGCGGCUCACGCGGUGUUUGUCCAGGAUCACCGGCAGCUGCGGAAGAUCCUCCAGGUGCAGAAGGAACUACCCCAGUUGAAGGCAAUAAUUCAGUGGGAUGGAGUCAUUGAUGCCCCACAUCCUGGUCUCUACAUGUGGUCGGAGUUCAUGACCCUGGGGUCAGAGGUCACUCAGUGCAGGCUGAAUAGUGUCAUCCAUUCCCAGAAAGCCAACCAGUGCUGCGCCAUCAUCUACCCCGGAGCCCCCACAGAUACUCCCAGAGGAGUCAUGCUGAGCCACGACAAUGUCACUUGGAUGGCCCGUUCCUUCUGUGAGACGCUUCGCUUGGGUUCUGAAGACGUUGUCGUCAGCUACCUGCCCCUGAGUAACAUUUCAACACAGAUGUCCGACCUAUGGGCGCCGCUCUGCUGCGGGGGAGCCACGUACUUCACGGAGCCAGAUGCCCUGAAGGGAUCUCUGCUGCCCACCCUUCGUCUCGCUCGUCCCACCCGCUUCCUGGGGUUUCCGCUGCUGUGGGAGAAGAUUCAGCGGAGGUGGCAAUCGCUGGAGAAAGUGGCCAGCCCUCUGCACAGGAGGAUCCUACGCUGGGCCCGGGGCAUAGGACUGCGGACCUGUUACCAGGACAAGACGUGGAGUCUUCCUCUGAGUCGCAUCCUUGCUGAGCACUUGGUGUUUCGACCGGCACGAGUGGCCCUCGGAUUGGAUCGGUGCACUCGCUGCUAUAUGGGAGAAACUCCCAUCACUCGCGAUACUGCAGAGUACUUCCAGAGUUUGGGGCUGAACUUGCUGCCCUGGUACGGCGUGAAUGAGAGCUGCGGGGCACACAGCCUGGCACAGCCCAAGACAUGGCACAGCUGGAACAGUUUUGGCCGAGAGAUCCCCGGCUGCAGGUCUCGUGUAGACCGUUCUCCAGGACAGGGAUCGGGGGGUCUCAGGCUGUGGGGGCGCCACGUCUUUAUGGGGUAUCUGGGCAUGAAGGAGGAGACAGAGGAAGCUCUGGAUGAAGAUGGCUGGCUGCGUUCUGGUGACUGGGGGAGGCUGGAUGUAGACGGACUCCUUUACGUCGCGCAGAGAGGAGAGGCAGCGUUCUCAGAAAACCAGAGCGUCCCAACAGCCGUGUGACCGUGAACCUCGCACAUGGAGGCCCAUAGGCCUUAUUUCUGUGUGUAGAGCGGCCCUGGAUGACCCUUUUAUUGGAUCCCAAGACGAGGAGGCUCUGUAACGCUCCGAGAAGCUUUGUGUCGAGCCGAACGGCUUCCGUGUGUUUGCCGUUUUUGGCUUUUCAA